AUGCAAGGAUUCGGUACGAUCCGACCUAGAGCGGUAGUUCGUUUGCAAGACGCUCUAGUGUCCAACAUGGGUGCUAGAGCCCUGGAGGGAAGAGCGGAAGAAGGGAGGAGAGAGCAGUCAAGACGUACGGCCCCUACUGUUUCAACAACAGUAUUCGGGUCGUACAACUUGGCUGCUCUCGAGGAGUCCCGGUUGGAAGCGACGCGGGCGCACAGCCGACAUGUUCGGCUGGGGAGAGUUCAUGGUACCUACGUGAACCUCCACGCGCCCGGGAGAUUGGACUCAACCAUCGAGGCCAACCUCCCCAAGGCGUCGCAGAUCCUUGCAGGGAAUGUAAGGAUCAUGGAAGGAGAGGCUGGAAGCGAUCGGGAUCGGACCACUCAGUCCAUUCCGACCGUGAAGCCGCCCAUCGACCUCGCCUUCAAGAUCGGGGCCCCCAUCCUGCCGUCCGUGACCUUGAACCGCGUCGUGGCCCCCGUGCUCGUCCUUACCUACCCGAAUACGAGGUAG